CAGUGGGUACAGCGCCGUUUUUGUCCUCUUCAGGCGGGGACGGGAGCCGGUUAAACCCGGGGCAGCUCCUGAUUCCUGCCGCUGGCCUGUCUGCAGCGAGCGGGCCGGCUCCGGCUGCCAUCUCCCGGGCACAGGGUGGGCUUGAGAGGCCGCUUGGGCUCCGGGUGGAGCUCGAUCCGGCUCCCGUUGAUGGUCUGUCCCCGGAGAAGACGGAAGAUUGAGCAUUAGACGGUUCAGGCCGACAGCAGAGAGACCGAACGCUGCACUCGAGCAGGAAUUAAACCAGAAUCUACUGGUUCCUCCUUCAGAUAAUAGAGGUGGCUGAGCAUUUUGAAGAUGCAGGGGACAACAGCUGGUAACCACAGCCCUCCGAUGCUACUGAGGGUGACAAUGGGUCUCAUAUCUCUUGUAGUGGCCCUCCUUGCGGUCACUGCAUUCUUCCGAAUGGAACUCCUACACCACUUGCCAUGGGCAAAGGGACUGGAAGACAACAGUUCAGACUCCUGCCCAUAUGGCCACUUCCGGCUGAGAGGAAUGAAGGAUUGUCUGUCCUGGUUGUCCUGCGAAGUGAUUCAGAGCGAGGUUACUGUUGUGAAGCUGAUUGGUCGAGGUGCUGUCAAGCAGGUAUUCCUCGCAAAUUGGCGAGGACACAAAGUGGCUUUCUCUCGACUUGCUGUCUCUGAAUUCAGCAACGACUUCUUUCAUGGACUAGAGAUGCUGAAAGGCUUGCAGAGUGUCUACGUGGUCAAACUGCUAGGAUACUGUGAAGAAGAUCAUACUAUUCUCACAGAGUAUCAUCCUUUCGGAUCAUUAAUCAAUGUUAAUUCCAUUUUGGAACGAGAAGGGCACCGUGACUUCAGUACGUGGGAAAUUCGAUUUCGUUUGGCCAUUGACUAUGUGAUGUUCCUGCAGUUUCUACACAACAGCCCUUUGGGUCCCCGGGUUAUGUGUGAUUCCAAUGAUCUGAGGAAGACCUUGUCCCAGUAUUUGUUAACUACAGACCUGCAUGUGAUAGCUAACGAUUUGGAUGCUUUGCCGUUAGUCAAUCGGAGCGCUGGUGUUUUGGUAAAAUGUGGUGUCCGGCAACUUCAGGGUGACUUUGUGGCCCCAGAGCAGCUUUGGCCAUUUGGUGACGACCUUCCAUUUUCUGAUGACCUCAUGCCCCCAUACGAUGAGAAAACAGACGUGUGGAAGAUUCCGGAUGUUACUGAUUUCCUGCUGGGCCAGGUCGAAGGAAGUGAUGUUGUCAGACUCCAUUUGUUUCAAUUGCACCAAGAUUGUAAGAGAACUGUGCCACAGCAAAGACCUUCAUCAUUGAUGGUUCUUCAGAGUUAUAAAGCUGUUUAUACUUCACUGACACAGGAGUCAGAACUGUCUGACAGUUACAGCAGCAUAUCCUAUGACUUCUAAUUAAUGGUGAGAUUAUG